GCCGUUGAUCAUGGAGUAUUAAAAUGUGGAGUGUUGCACCUCUUUGUUAGGCAUAAUUACUGCCUUGGCUUCAGUAAUCCUCAUGUCGUCUUCGUUACCUUUCGCAUCGACGUGAGCAGGGGACAGGGCUGUCGGGGAGCAAAAUUUACUGAAAAUAAAAUUCGAAAAAUUGGGUUGUAUUUCCGUCAUGCCUCCAAAAGGUGUGAGCAAAGCAGUAAGCAAGAAGUGUCCCGACUGUAAGAAGCAGGUUCCUGUUGCUUCCAAGCUUUGCACAUCUUGCAGUCAUCAGUUUUUUGAAGAACGAAGAAAGUCUACAGCUUCAAAUCCAUCAGAAGCUGAAGACAGUGAAGAUUUGUCUUUGCGUGAUAUGAAACCUACUCGAGGUGUAGGUGCUGGUAAUGGUAAUGAAAUAAUGGCUUUAGCUUCUGGGAAAGAUUUAGCUUCUGCACCGGAAGGCAAGAGGAGGAGUGAAAGAGUAAAACGAGAAAAACCAAAUUUUUAUGAUGCCCUGGAGUAUGAGAAUCAGAUGCGAAAGGCACGUAAAGAAAGGCAAAAAGAAGAGCCUCCGAAUCCUACAGGUAGAGUAAAAAGGGAAAGGAAAGUGAAGAACAACUCUGAGCCGGUUAGUGUUGCUUUGUACAGGUCCAGCAAGGAUGAUGAUGACGAUGACGAACCUCUGAAGGAGAAGAAGAAAAAGAAGAAGAAGAAGAAUAACAACAACAAUGGAGAAAAGAAAAAGGAGGAAGAGGAGAUUGAUGAGGAUAUCAUGGCUGGUAUAACUCCAGAGAAGGAAAAGCAGUACGCAAUCGUCCUCUCAGACAUCAAUUUCAAAUUAGGCUUAAAUAAUCCCAAAUUCAUUAAAAUAUAAAUUAAGGCUGAAUUUCUGAAAAAUUGCAGUCAUUGCUUAAUUUGGGUUGAGUGUGUUAUCUGUCAUUGUUGACUGCUCAUUUCAUGCAGGACUUGCAGAACAGUGAAGAAAAAGAGUGAAGGAAUAGAACUGCAUUGAUUAUAUGCCAACACUUUUUGAGUUUCACUCUAGCACCAUAUUAUAUUACUGGAUUUAUUUAUUUUUUUUAACUUGGAGAUUUAUAUGGAGUAUGUAAGAGGAAAUUUUAUGCACUUUUCAGGGUUUACAGCUUUUUUCAAAUUAGAAGAGGAGUAUGUUUGCACCAAUCUCUUUUAUGUGAAACAUAUUAGACCUAAGGACUUUAAAAAUUGCUGCCAUUAGAUUAAUUAAAAAUAAUCUUCCACAAUUAGCUUUGAAGUCAUUUGGAUAAUUUCUUGCAAGAAUUGUAAUAACCUAAUUUCAUUUUGAGGGUCUUGGAUCUUUUAGCUACAUACAUAUUACAAUAAUAUAAUUUUGGAAUUUAUAAGCAAUUUAUGCAAGAAAAUUGAGAUUCCUUCAAAUUUCCUGGCCUCAAAGAUUUUAACAUUGCAACUGUUAAGAGAGAGAGAGAGAGAGACUUAGUAUUCUCUCAUGUAUAACCAGUUUCUUGGAUGACAGGCCGAGUAUGUUAAACAAUUUGGUCAUUGGUGUUGAACAUCCAAGUUUAGGGAAGUACAAGUAAAUUUGGUUCAAGAGUACAAAUUCCUUGUAAAUAAUUUGAAGUAGCCAGUAUUGAGAAUACAUGUGUACAUAUGCUUGGAAUUUAUAUUAGCAUUUCUGUAGAAUGGCAAGGAAUGAAUUGCACUUGCACUUGUGUGUACAAGCAUUUUCCAUCAGUAUAGUAAUGAAUGAAUGGUGUGAAUGUUUCAAACAGUAUAGUAAAGGAUGAAUGUGAAUGUAUUGAAAAGGAUUAAUGUGAAUGUAUUGAAAGUGUGUACAGAACCAUUUCAUUGCUCAUUUGUAAAUAUUCAGAACAUUAAUGUUUGUGAAGAUUAAAAUUCAUUUUAUA